GGGAAAAGCUCGUGAGCUUUGGAUAGAGGGAAUAUGCUUUGCACACGGACUGCGGCCCCACGGGGCAUCGGGCGCGUUAGCAGCCUUGCGCCUCGUCCGGUCUCUGGCUUGAGGGUUAGAUGUCAGGCAACGACAGGUGGUGAUCAGCAGCCAACGGUUGCAGCGCCAGCUGAGGCAGCAGCUGCGCCUGCACCGGUGCCGGUCGCACCGGUACCUGAGACGACUGCCACUUAUAUGAUGCCCCCCACCCCUCAAUACUAUCAGGGUAUGCCGGUGCCUCGCCAGGAUUACUACAUGGCAGCACCCCCAGCGGCAUACUAUCCCCCACCUCCUCCCGCGUAUAAGGAGGAGCCUGCGGCAUCGGGCGCACCAUGGUGGAUUUGGCUUGGCGCUGGUGUGAUUCUCGGACAAGUGCUGGCGAAGGUUCAAGAGUUCAUGAAGAACCCGAAGACGCCACAGCAAAUUAUGAUGGAAAUGGCGAUGAAGCAGAUGACGGGCGCUAUGGGGAAAACGCCCGGCGCGGCGCCCAGCCCCUUCGGCACCCCCGCAGCCGGAGCCGCCAGCCCCUUCGGCGGCCCCGCGGCCGGAGCCGCCAACCCCUUCGCCAACUUCGCUGCGGCCGCCGCUGCCGCAGCCCCGACUGCCACCGUGGAUACCACGGCCUCGGCGGUGCCUAGCACGCCCUCCACCUCCGCUUCCUCGGAGAACAGCGCUAGCAAUGGCGAUUCGCGGAAGGGCGAUAAGUUUGCGUCGCGGCUCUCAAGCGAGGGUCGUGAUGCACGCAAGCCCGAGGCGGCUGCCAGCAAGCCCUUGGAUGUCGUGGAGCCGGAGGUGAAGGAGCCAGCUGCCAGCGGCUCCGGAGCCAGCAGCAGCAGCGGGGCGGGCGCGGCCAAGCCCCGCUCCGGCUUCUUCGCCGACGUGGACGCAGAGGCCAGCACCUCCGCAUCUAGCAGCGCCAGCAGUGGCGCCGGAGAAGGCGGUGCCAUGUCCGAGAUGAUGGAGAGCAUGCUGCGCAACCCCGAGAUGCAAAAGAUGCUGUACCCCUACCUGCCGGAGCCCAUGCGCAACCCCUCCUCCAUCGAGUGGAUGCUCAGCAACCCCGAGGUCAAGAAGCAGAUGGAGCAGAUGUUCGCGCAGCAGAACGUCAUGUCGCCUCAGAUGAUGGACAUGAUGAAGAACAUGGACUUCAACCAGGACAAGGUCAACAAGCAGUUUGCGGAGCUGGGUCUGAAGCCCGAGGAUGUGAUCUCCAAGGUCAUGGCCAACCCCGAGCUCGCGGCCGGCUUCUCCAACCCCAAGGUGCAGGCCGCCAUCAUCGACAUCUCCGCCAACCCCAUGAACAUCAUGAAGUACCAGACGGACCCGGAGAUCAUGAAGGUGCUUGAGAAGGUGACAGAGAUCUUCCAGCCCCAGAUGAAGUAAAUGGUAUAGGCGUCGGCAUGUAGGCAUGGCGGUUAUCAAUUGGCACGGCCGUUGCUUGCUUCCUUGCAGCCUAGGCGUGCCGUUUUCCUCAGGACAGAGCAGGCGGACUACGCUGCAAUGUGGUUGGUGGUGUUGCAUGUUGGAAGCAUGGUUUUGAGGGUUUGCUGGGAGCUUGGUGGCAGUUGGAAAUGUGCACAUACGGUAUGUGGCCGGCCUUGUGGGCUGGGUUGAAAUUCAAAUGAAUUGAAGGGACUCGUGGUUUCAGCGUUGUCAUUGGGAAGGUAGCCUGCAGGUUGUUCCGAUGCA